CUUUGACAAGAAUGGUACAUUUGAUACAAAAGAACAUAAUCUGAUUUUAUGCAAAAUUAUAAAAUGGAGCAUCUGUCAACUGGAGAAUAUUUAAUAUGAAAGCGUUUAAUUAAUAUAAUUGACGCAAAUAUUAGUUUGCUUGACAUUGUCGAAAGGACAUUCGAAUGAUGGACUUACAAAAUUGAUUUUUCGAUAUAACAAGGAAUAUCCUAAAAAUUCUGAGGCGAAUAGAUUUUGGACAUCAAAUAUCGUAUUGUUUGAAACUUGAAAACUCUGAGUAUCAGGUUGAUUUAAUUUUUGGUAAGUUUAGACUGCGUAUAUGAAGUCAUUGCUUUCGCCCGACCAUUUAUGGCGUUUGAAAUCUGAGUUGGAAAAGUUUGAAGCUUUUGUACCUAAUUUUGUAUUCAAUCUGUGCUGGUCAGUUACUAUAGGCUAGCAAAACCUAGCUUGUGGGUAUAUUUUUAAUAAUAAUUGUCAUAUUUUAUAUACACUAUACUUCGAAAUUUAAAAUAUGUUAUAUUUGUUUUAAAGCAGCUGGAAUACUGUAUAGAAUUAUUUACAUUAUUCUACCAAAUUUUAAACCUUUAGUAUGGCAAUAUUCUUGUGAAUUUUGAAAAUGUCUUUCAAUAGAAACAACUAGAAACAAAAAUGUCUAUAAAAUACGAAGUGUCAUGUUUAUACAAAAUUUAUACAAAAUAUGUGAUAGUAAUUUGAUACAUUGCCCCCUGAUGUGGCUGUCUAUGUGUCAGUAAUUAACAUAGGACAUUGUGUAUUUAAUACAUUGUUGGCUAAAAGGGGGGAACUAAUAUUUGAUUAACCUUUUCAUAUCCAACUGAGUCUCCUAAUGGAGCACGAUGGAUCAUAGACUUGCUCCAAUCCACCUCUACUUAAGGCUUGGUUGAUAAAUGAAUUCACAAGCAAACCCGUAUGAGCAAAACCCACUGAAAUGAAUAUAACUGGAAUGCUACCUUCAGAUAUAUUGCCUAUCUUUUUCUUGAAGCUAAAUUUUACCUCCAGACAUGUGUGUGUCUGGGGGUAAGAUUCACACAUGUUUAUAUCAUGAUUGAGUGCUCUUUGUAUGCCUUAAAAGACUGGGACUUGACCUUCAAGUUUGGUUCAAGGAGCCCUCUUUUUAUUAUAUACAAACAGUUUAUUUAGGUUUUUAUUUCAUUUUAUGGUCUUGCAAACCUUAAUUGUUGUGUCUUGAUAAUUUAUUAUACUCUAGAAUCAUAAAUAGUUGUCGAAUAAAAUUCAAUAUUUUGGAUACCGACAUGUAAACAACACCUUUGUUUACAUACGGACUGUACCACAUCUUCAACCAGCACCCGGAGAAAACCCACGACUUUCGGCAGAGCAUUGACCGACUCUUUUCACAUGAGUCCCUGGCGAGAAUCGAACACACAAUGUCAGAGGUCAAAGGUACUAAUGCUCUGAAGACAAGCUAUUGAAGCACCACAUUCACUUUGAUCUAAUAGAGGAUCUGCUAUAUCCCCCUACUUCCCCAGGGUGUGAGUCCUUAACCCUGUUUGAAUAUAUGAGCUGUGAUGUUUAACAUAUUUGAGAAAUUAGAUCCAGGUGCCCUCACCCACAUUGUGUGCCGACCUACUAAAAUUUGAAAAUCUUUUCCAUUGCAGAUAUUUAACCCACUGACCUACUGGACAUCAUGGCAAUAAGGUAUGAAACAUACAACUUUUUUCUGUAUCAAACUGCUCAAGAAUCCAAUAAGCAAGCAGCUUAGAUAUGAUAUGUUGUCCCACCGAUAGUCAGCCAAUGGACCUUUCACCUUUUGACUAAAAUUUAGAUUUCAAAAACUCUAGACAAAAAUUUUAUCACAGCUUGAAAGAGCAUCACAAAAUUAGUAAUAUUCCAAAGUUUCGUUGCGAAAUGUUGUAAAAUGCGGAUAAUAUAGCCUUGCGAAGUUUGCCGUUUUUCAGUCAUUUUGUAUUACAAACGGGAAAUACAUACCCUUUUUCCGAAGGAGGUAUGUAUUUCCCGCGCGUAAUACAAAAUGACUGAAAAUGGCAAACUUCGCAAGGCUAUAUUAUCCGCAUUUUACAACAUUUCGCAAUGAAACUUUGGAAUAUUACUAAUUUUGUGAUGCUUUUUCAAGCUGUGAUAAAAUUUUUGUCUAGACUUGUUGAGAUCUAAAUUUUAGUCAAAAGUUGAAAGGUCCAUUGAUGAUUCCCCUUAUUACGUUUUCAUAGCACUUUGCAUUGUGGUUAUAGUGGUAUCACUGAUAAAGAUAGCGGCCUUGAAUGAAAAUAUUGGCUAUCACACACCUGACCCUAGCUUUUUUUAAAAGUUCUUGCACGGGUCAGGACAAAAAAUAAGCCAUCUUGACUAUCAGUGAUACGACUAAUCACAAUUAAUGCAAAGCGCCACAAAAACAUAAUAAGGCGAAUCUACCAUUGGUCAAAGAAACCUAUUUUAAUCUUCAAUGGUCUGUACCAGUGUAGGCAAUGAUAAAAAGCUUCAGGUUUAUAGGGAUACAACUACCAGAGAACUUCAAGAACUUUGAAGCUCUCCUUGUGUAUUUUAGGUAGUUGUAUCAAUAUGAAGUUUUCAGAUAUAUUUUAAACCAUUGAGUGGCAGCACUCUCUACUUGACGAGUAAAAUCGUCGAGUAAAAUAGUCUGGCAUUAGACAGAGUAAAAUACUAAAGUAGGGUGCAUUGCCACUUAAAGGGUUACACUAAUAUUGAGCAAGCAUUGACAAGUAAAAUCCUGAUGUUAGACUGAGUAAAAUAUUAUAAACCAUUUUGGUAAUUUCAUAUGUAUCUACCCGCUGACAGGAGUGAACUUUGCCAGUUGCAAAUUAUAAGUCCUGAUCGUGCACAAUCUCCGAUUAACCAAUCAGAUGAGUUUGAUACAUCUGAUUAACCAAUCAAAUGAGUUUGAUAUAUCCGAUUAGCCAAUCAGAUGAGUACUAAGCCAGUGACAGAUAGUGUGUAGUAUCAGGAAGUCUUAACCUCUCUAUUGACCAGUGCUGGAAAAUGUCCGACAGCGUCAGCAGCAUCGCUGCCAGGAAAUUUUUAACAAAAUAUCUUGGCAGGAAAUUUUCUUACAUCUUGCGAGAAAUGUUUGUUAUCUUUAUAUAUAUCAAGCGUUUUGCAAGUCGAGAUUGUCUUGUGCCGAGAUUGAAGUUUAUCAUAAUGUACUAUACGUUCUCUGAAAUGUACAUAUACAAGAGGUUUUAUAUAUGACUUACACACGUCUGGAAAUUUUUAACAUUAAAACAUCCUUGCAGGAAUUUUCUCACAUCUUGCAGGAAAUUUUUGUCAUCUUAUAUACUGGAAUGCCAAAUAAUUUAAUUAUUGUAAAAAUUCCAAAAGAGAAAUUACAUGUCGGGAUUGUCUUGUGCCGCCGAGAUUGAAGUUUAUCACAAUGUGCGGCACUAUACGUUCUCUGAAAUCUACAUAUACAGAAAGUUUUUUAUUAUAUAGUAGAGAGUGAGAUACUGAAAAAUACACAGUGAUAUAUUUUCCAUAUCUUCACUAGCAGGGAUGCCGGAACUGGGGGGGCAGGAGGGGCAGCCGCCCCUGUUGCCCUUUACCAGGGGGGUGGUGGGCAAGGUGGGCAAAGGUGCCCUUUCAAUUUAAAGGAUUGCGUGGGCGAAAUUAGCAAAUUCAGAAAGUCAGAAAUGUUGGCGAAAGUCAGAAAUGUUGGUGCAAUUCUUUUACGAAUUUGCUUCAGAAAAUGCAAAAAAUGCAGCCAUCGAGCUUCAAGAAUAGCAGUUAUAGCACAAUCGCCUGGCGGAGAACCCCCUCACACCCCUAUCAUCCAAUAAAUAGAAAACAUGGUUAGGCGAAGUUCAACUCCCGAUGUUUUGUAAACAUCUCUUAGUAUAUAUCAAUUCAAAAGUGCCCUUUCACGAAAAUCUGCCCCCCCCCCUCCUUGCCUUCACAUCGUUCCGGCGUCCCUGCUUCACUAGUGAAGAUAUCGAUCACGUGACUUUUAGUAUUUAUACAAUUUUCUGGUUGGGACUAUAUAAUAAACAGAACAUUACACGGUGGCUUGAAGAUAUGACUUUUGUCUUCUCGUGUUUAAAACAAUACUGUUUUCACCACUCAAAGAUAAAAGUCCUAUCUUCGUGUAAUAUCCUCUAUAGAUUUGACUUACACAACGGAAAAAAAAAAUUUUUACUGUCAGGAAGAGAUACAUAUUUUCUCAACCUGCAGUUCACUAAAAACAUCGUUAUCAUAACUUAUUCAUAUUAGGCUCUUAAUAUAUACGUAUUUGUAUGCAGCAGCUGUCACAUUCAGUUGUUGCGUAUCUAAUUGAUGAUUACUUGUCUACAUACUGUAUCGUUCAAUCGUUACGAGGCUUUACUGUAUUCAGUUUGAAACAAUAGUUGUAAAGCUAUACAAAUACAUCAAAGCUUUGCCGAAUUACUUCAAUUAAUUCGCGGCCAGACGCGGUAUCAUUAUCAUGCGGUACUAGUGUAUACAAUACAUGGAAAAUUAGUUCUAGCGUCUUAAACAUCCCAUGCAGCACUGUAAAAGCGAAGGGGAAAACAUGAAGAUUUAUAAACCCGUUUCUACAGCCAGCAGUAGAGAAGUACUGUAAGUUAACACGUUAUGUUAGUAAUGAUAUAAGUUGCUGUUGCAAGGAAAGUGCUGCCUCACUCCCAAGGGAUCAAAGGCAGCAUGCACAAUUUGCUGCAUAAGGGCCUGUAUAUAUGAUCCCGCUCUGUCAGUGUGAGAUGUGAGUCGCGAUUAUUUUGAUGUAUUGAAAUAAGUCACGGUGCACGAUUAGUUUAUUAGCAAUAAUAAUAUUCUACAACAUUUGAGUUCUGAUAACCAGUAUUUGAGCUUUCCUUUCGUUUUAUUUCCUUUCGUUUAUUUUUUAUUAAUUUUAAUUGUGAUUCUUUCAUUCAGGUGCGUCAGUCCUUGGCAGCUUUGGUUAAAGUUAUGUGGAUGGUACAAUCGCAAAAUUUCCGAAUUGUUUGCCUGGCUAGGAGAGGCAAUUGGCUUGCAUCCUGUCAUAACUAUUGCCGUAGGCUUGGUCGUAUUGGGUGCAUUUGCCUCUGGGUUUGCUUUUAUGAAAACUGAAAACCGAACAGAGAAACUGUACGUACCGAAGAACAGUGAAUCAGUUAAAAACCUCGAAAAGGCUGGAGAUUAUGGGUUUUACCGUCCAUCUCGGCAAGCUGAGGUUAUUAUAUUGCACAGUGGUGGAAAUGUUUUGAAGGAAGCGUGUUUUAGAGACGCUUUGAAGCUGCAUAAGUUGGUUAUCUCUAUUCCAGGUUAUCAAGACGUUUGUUUGCCAAACAUAAAAACUGAUCCUUUUGCGAGCUUCAGUUUCUGCGAACGAGAAGAGCCGUUAUGGAUUUUCAACUACACUUCAAAUUUUACCAAUUUGGUACCGACAUUGAACAAGUACUUGCCAACGAAUACGGGGUUAUUUGCGAGGAUUCUUGGCAAAGUUACUCGUAAUGCUAGUAAUGACGCAAUUAUUUCAGCGCAAGCUUUAAGGAUGAUUUAUCACAUGCGAGGAGUAGGCCUGGAUGACGAGGUUUCGGAAAAGACUCAGGAUUGGGAAAAGGAAUUUUUGAAAAAAAUGGAAAAUUUCGGUAGUUUGGAAUGCGGCUCGUUAGUUUUCACAGCAGAACGGAGCAUUGAUGACGCAAUCUCGGAAAGUACUGGAUCCGAUAUAAAAUUCAUAGCACUCACCUUCACGUUGAUGAUAAGUUUUGCAUGUUUUAUGUUAGGCAAGUAUCUAAACCCAUUGACCGGCCAUGGAUUGUUGGCAAUGAGUGGCAUGCAGUGUGUCGCUUUUGGGAUUUUGACGGGGUUUGGCUUAUCCAUGUUAGCUCAAACCCCGUUUGUCAGCAUCACUGCGAUCUUGCCUUUUCUCAUAGUUGGAGUCGGCAUUGAUGAUAUGUUUAUCAUUGUCGAUCAGUUGGAUCGGACGCAUUCAGACCAGACCAUCCCAAAGCGGCUUAGUACCGUCAUGCGCAUCGUCGGACCAGCCGUUACCAUGACAACCAUGACGGACCUUCUAGCCUUUGCGGUUGGGACAUCGUCCAAAUUUCCGUCCAUAGUCUACUUCUGUACUUACGCCGCACUUUCGAUAGCAUUCGCAUUUUUAUUCCUCGUGACCAUUUUUGUCGCUUUUAUGUCGUACGAUUGUCGGCGUAUGAACGCGGGACGAAGAGAUAUGGUACCUUGCCUCGAAGCCCCACCGCCACGCCCUGGGGCACCACGCUGGGAUGAACCCCGACCCCAAACCUCAAACAAGAUAAUGGAGGUAUGGGGGAGAUUCUUAAUGAAGACCCCCACCAAGAUUGUCGUAGUGAUUGUCUCAAUUUGUCUACUUGCUCUUGGGAUAUACGGUACGACGUUUGUAAACGAAGAAUUCGACCGCAGAGACCUAGCGAAAGAUGGCUCGGAAUUUAUAAGAUUCCUAGAUGCUUUGGAAGACUAUUUUACUGGAGAUGUUCAAGUUGAUCUCAUCUUAGAAGCUGAUGUGAAUUAUUCUGAUCCAGCCACAAAAAUGAAAAUUAAUAAUCUGUCUCAAAUCAUAGAGGAUAACGAAUUUUACCGUCCUACUGUCAGAUCAUGGUACGCUGAGCUUCAGAGAUGGUACCAAACUCAAAACACUAAUAAAAGUUUACUAGGUAAGUAACCUCCCUCUAGGUAACGCCCCAACCUCGUUCCCAGGCUCUACGCCCCUCUAACGGUACGUUUACACACUGCGGAUGGUUGUGUACGAUUUGUCGUGUUUCAUAUUCCAUUACAUACGUCUGAAUACGAACCGUAUACAACAAGUCAUCGCGUAUAAACGUACCUUACGUACGUACCUAAAGUAGGAAUACCUCUCUAAUUUGAACACCUCUCUAAUACGAACACCUCUCUAAUACGAACGGAACACCUCUCUAAUACGAACACCUCUCUAAUACGAACACCUAUCUAAUACGAAUACCUAUCUAAUACGAACACCUCUCGAAUACGAACACCUCUCGAAUACGAACACCUCUGUAAUACGAACACCUCUCUAAUACGAACACCUCUCUGAUACGUUCACCUCUCUAAUACGAACACCUCUCUAAUUGCGCAUCCCUCUCCAACCCGGACACCUCAUUUUUCAAUUGGUUGCAUAUAUUUUUCAUAUCAUAAAACCUAAUCAUAUGUGAUAUGAUCAUACACAUAUGUAAAAUCGCGCAAUAGAAAUAUUAAAUAUUAUUUUUCCCGUCCUAGGUUCUCUGGAUCAAUUUCUGAAAAGUCAACCACAGUUCCGGAAAGAUAUCCUGUUUGCGGACGACAACUCUACCAUUAAGGCUUCCCGUUUCUACUGCUUUCUUAAAUGGACAUCAAGUUCUGUUACACUUCGAGAUGCCAUGCUCUCACUUCGUGACGACCUAAAGGAAAAAACUACCUUGCCUGUGUUCGCGAAUGCUUACGUGUUUAUAUUUAUUGAGCAGUUUGUUUCGACUCUACCAGAAACCAUACGGAAUCUAGCUCUUGCUGCAGCAGCUAUCGCGGUUGUGACCAGUCUGUUUUUGGUGAACCCCUUGGUUAUUUUGCUCGUUCUCUUGGGAUUUGCAUCGCUUAUAUUUGAACUACUAGGUAAGCCACGAGCUCUCCAUCAUGCUGUAAAAAAUAUUUCUCAAUGUCCGGAACCUGCCUCCUCCGCAGGCCCUCCUCCCUGAAUUUUAUACAUUAUAUAAACCCUUCACUUCAACAUCAGUUCAAUCCAGUAAAAUGUCCAAAAAAUUCCAGGUAUAGACUAGAUUUUAAUCUAAGCAAGAACAACAAAAUCCAUCACCACAGCUAGAAAGAGCAUGUUAAAAUUAGUAAAAUUGCAAAGUUUGGCCGCGAAAUGUUGUAAAAUGCGGAAAAUAUAGCCCUGCGAAAUUUGCAAAAUUUGUAUUACGUGCCGGAAAAUGUAUCACUUUCGGCCCUAAUGUGGUGUUGCAAAUUUCGCAGGGCUAUGCUGGAAUCAUCCAUUUGGAGAAAUUGGAAUAAGUUGAAUAACAAAGUCAGGGCCGCCGAGAGAAUUCACGGGGCCUGGGGAAAAUCUUCUCUGGGAGCCCUAUGACAUCAUUUUUAAGCUAGGCCCAAGUCGAUCCCCCAACCAGACCUUAGCUAGACUGCAUGUGGAGCUACUGUAAGGGGCCCUCAAUUUAAAAAAUGCUCUGACCAAUUUAAAGAACCUACUCAGUUUUAGGCUCUAUAUUAAGGUGGGGGCCUGGAGCAAUCCCCCCUGCCUGCCCUGACCCUGAACAAAGUAGCCAUUGCCACUUGUUUGAUGAAUAGAUAGUUUCGUUAACCAUUAUGACAGUAACAAAAUACAGUACGGUGCAUUAUUGUGCAGUGUGAUACAGGAUGACCUAAAAUUAAUGUCUCUUUGUAGGUUUGAUGCAUGUGUGGGGUGUGUCGUUAAAUUCGAUCUCGAUGAUCAACCUGGUGAUGGCUAUUGGUUUUGCAGUUGAUUACAGUGCGCAUUUAGCACAUUCAUUCGUAUUUUCUGCUGAAAGUAACGCCGAGGAAAAAGUCGUCGAUGCCCUGAGAACUGUGGGUGCGAGUGUCUUCAUGGGAGGUGAGAAAUGUACAGGUUUUGCCAUUAGAGGUCACAAAACUAAUAUGUUAUAGCAGUGGUGAACACUUGCCCCUCCCCCACCGCAAUAAUUUUGAAUGCCUUUGAAUGAUACUAGCAGAAUGACACAUACUAAGGGACGGACCAUUAGAUAUUUGAGGGGGG